GUGGAUUUUGCGCUUGGCCGCAAGGCCGCUUUUUUGUCGCAGCUCACUGUUUGAACGAAAAAUGAUUCUCGAUAUGAAUAAUAUAGAUGACUCGAGUGAUAUGGAGGUAGAAAGUGACAGUGAAAGCUCUUCUCCGGUUGCGAUAUCCAGCACGGGUGCGUCUUCAACUCGUGUUACAUUUGAUAAGCGAUCCGAAUUCUCACAAACUCCUUCUUCAAUGAUCACAGAUCAAGCAUUAUCUAACCAGCCUCCACUCAACCAUGUCAGUGGUAGAAAGUCCUCUUUCUCAAAAGCGGCGUCAUCUUCGAAAGCGAAGGAUACCAGUAGCAACACAGAUUCAGGCUCGGAUAACGAAGAAUUCCACGAUGCUCCGGGAUGGCCACUGACCUUUGGCGAGGAAGCCGAUCCUGUCAUGGUCCUGCUUCAAAACAUCGACGAUUAUAGAAAGCAGAUGAAAUUCUUUGAUGGAAGAAUCAAAAAGCUUGAAGACAUGAAGCGGGAAACCGAAGCUGCGAAAGCCCAAGCAAUGACACGUUUACUGGAGACGAAAAAGCGAAAAAUGAAAGAAAGAAAUGAAGCAUUGGCCAAACGACGAAAAGUCGAGCACGCCGAUUCAACAACGUCUUCUCAUCCAAUCCAUCUGCAAUCCUCUUCAACUCCAUCCACCUUAGUUCUUACCGAUGCUACUAAAGUAGCAGCUCAAUCAGCCAUAUCCCAGUCUUUAUCCAGCCAACCGAUAUCCAGUCAACCAGCAAUACGUCAUGUGCCUCCAUCUACACCCCAGAAACCAUCCACGGUUCCUCAGCCAAACUUCAAUAAUGUACCAUUAACGAAGGCUGUCAGUAAUAUGCCCGAUCGUCAAGCAGAUAAAAAGCCAUCUCUACCGAUUCAAUCACCAGCAACACCUCAUCCCAGUCAAUCCUCGACAACAGGCAGGCAAACAAAGGAGUCUGAGCCAUCUCUUCGACGAUCUUCACGUCUCAGAAAUAAGCAACAGACUGCUGUUCAAAGUUCUUCUCCGGCUCCCAGCAAGACAAACAAGCCUUCUACAGCGGAGAGCUCUGCCACCAGCAAUAAGGGUGCUUUCAAGCCAUACCAAUCCCCAUUGAAUAUGCUGGGAAUUUCUCACAUUGAAGAUACCACGACAUCGUCCAGCUCAGCUCCGACGGAUGUGAACAAGCAAUUGUGUGCAUUUGAAAUGGUAGGCGGAACUUGCAAUGACCGUACCUGCACUUCCUUGCAUUUUCGUGAUUUCGCAGGCGGUCAUUAAGAGUAUUCGAAAACAAAAUUCGGAAUAUGGCGAACAUUCAACUGGGAAAGAAAGAAAUGGAAAAGAUGGAUGUAGCAUAGUCUUUGAUCAUUGAAUAGCGCACUCAAUCUGCAAAAAAAAAAAGGAAAAACAUGCACACGCAUAUAUGCAAAUUUACAAUAUUCUUCAUAAUUCAAGAGCAAGACGCAAAAAAAAAAAAAAACUAUUGAAUUGUUUACUGUUUUUACAAAUGAAUAAAGACUGAUAUUGGUGCUGAUGACGAGACUGUAAUUUGGAAAAUUACUGCAUGAAAUUCAUCAGAUUUGGGAAUGACGGCUUUGGAACGUUGUCCAAGCGCAGAUGGAAAAUUCUCGACGCAAGAAAAAU